CUCACUUCCUCUCUCCAAACCGCGCCUGUGAAUGGGGCUGGCGGUCUACAGCCCCGAAAGAAAACACCAUGUAAAAGUAUAAAAAGUACACAGAACGCAAACUAUUGAUUUUUCUCAUUAUUAGUUCCGUUAGUCCACGCGUCGGGGGCAACGCUUGCAUUUCGGAAGAGAGCGUGAGUGAGCGCACAGAUUAAUCCCGUGCAAGGUAGCAGACAGAUACCAUGCAGAUAAGUGAUGGCCCCAGUUACUUCCCGGUCUUUGUGGCCCCGCCCAACGUUAACCACCGGUCGCCAGGAUUCGUCCCCGGCAGGGUCGUACCUGUCCACUCCCCGCCUCCAACUAAGGCCCCACCCCUUCCCCCCCUGAAGCCCAUUGGCCCACCUCCUGAGCGCCGGGCUACCUUUAGCCUAUCAGAGAAUGGCCACCGCCUAGAGCGUGGUCAGAGGAAGAGGAAUACUUUAAUAUGCUUCGGUGUCUCAAUGGGGACCUUCUUUUUCUCGAUCAUCCUCAUCCACAGCCUCACCAGUGGAGACGUGUUGGAUGGGAACUGUCCAGACCACAGCACCUCCCUGAGCAGCUGGAACCCUGGUCACAACCCAGAGAAGGCUGUGGUCGUUCAGAGGGGAGAUCUGUUUCGAUUGGACUCUUCUGCCACCUUAUACUCCCUAACCAUCCAAUCAGGAGGCCGAGUGGUCUUUGCAGACAAUGCUGAGGGCUCCAAAAACAUCACUCUCAGAACGCGCCAUGUGCUGAUUGAAGACGGGGGUUCGCUGCACAUCGGUGCCCCCAAAUGCCGCUACCGCUCCAAGGCCACAAUCGCCCUGCUGGGCCGUUCAGAUGAAAAGGCAGUUGCGGAAGUACCGGAAUUGGGCCGGAAGUUCAUCGGGGUGCGUGGUGGUGCAACCCUGGAAAUUCACGGGACAGAAAGGCUGUCGUGGACCUUCCUGACCCGCAGCGUCUCCUCCUCAGGUCUAGCCAUGGGGGGCUAUGCCUUCCAGCGCAACUUUAGCCGUGGCAUCAACCUGCGUGUGGUGGACCAGGACACGGCCAGUGUGCUGUUCAGCGAGCGCUACGACACACACGAGUCACGCAAUGACAGCCAGCGGCUCACACAGCUGCUCCGGUCGCUGCCUGCGAGGCGCAUCGUCACGCUGGCCGUGGGAGACUCGGCUGUCAAGAGCCUGCUGGACGAGACCAAGAGAACCAUCCAGAGCCUGCUUGGUAGUACGUACGUCCAUGACCUCAAAUACAGGCAGGCCUGGGCCUUGGUAUCUGUGAUUGGUGGAGGGAAUGGCUCGUGUUCAGAAGCCGUGCGGGAACAUGAGAACCAUGACACAGGAGGGAAGGCGCUGGCCCACCAGAACUUCACCACUGUGGACGGGGUCGGCUUCUCUGUCACAGCCUACAGCGAAUGGAAGAACGGUUUUCCCAUAUCUGGCUUCCAGGUUGAUGCUGUGGACCAGGUUGUCCUGAACCUGCAAGAUGAUGUAAGCACUUGGCAACCUGGGAACCAGGUUGUGGUUGCCAGUACUGACUACUCCAUGCAUCAGGCAGAGGAGUUCACCCUCCUCCCAUGCCCGAGCUGCACCAGCAGACAGGUCAGGGUUCAAGGGAGGCCCCAGUUUGGCCAUGUGGGGGAGAUUGUGGACGGCGUGGACAUGCGGGCAGAGGUAGCAAUGCUCAGCAGGAACAUACUCAUCUAUGGGGAGAUGGAAAACGCCUGCUAUGGAAACAACUGGUGCCAGUUCUUUGGCCACGACACGUACGGCGGACACAUUAAGAUAUUUGGGAAUUUUACCUCGGUGCACCUGUCCCACGUGGAGUUGAGGAACAUGGGGCAGCAGAAGAAGGGCCGCUACCCAGUCCACUUCCACCGCUGCGGGGACGUGGACCGACGAGGGGGCUACCGGGAACCAACCUACGUGGACGGCCUUUCCAUCCACCACUCCUUCUCCCGCUGCAUUACCAUCCACGCCACCAACGGCCUGCUGGUGAAGGACACUGUAGGCUAUGACACCCUGGGUCACUGUUUCUUCCUGGAGGACGGGAUAGAGCAGCGGAAUACGUUCUUCCACAACCUGGGUUUGGUGACCCGACCGGGAACGCUUCUGCCCACUGAUCGCAAUGAGACCAUGUGCACCAGCAUCCGAGACAAAGUGUACAAGAACUACACCCCUUCACCGAGCAUGGAGUGCAAGGCAGUGUCUACGUUUUGGAUCGCCAACCCCAAUAAUAACCUCAUAAGCAACGCUGCUGCUGGCUCCCAGGAUGCUGGGAUAUGGUAUGUGUUCCACAGCUCUUCCACAGGGGACUCUCAUGGGCUGGUUCCAGAGACCCGGGCAGAGCUGACCCCUCUGGGGAUCUUCUACAACAACCGGGUGCACUCCAACUUUAAGGCUGGGCUCUUCAUUGAUAAAGGUGUAAAGACCACCAACGCAAGUGCUGCAGACCCCCGGGAGUACCUAUGUCUGGACAACAAUGCCAGGUUCCGUCCACAUGAGAAUGCAGACCCAAACCGGCCGCGGGUGGCUGCUCUCAUCGACACACUCAUCGCCUUCAAGAACAAUGACCUCGGAGCCUGGAUACGUGGCGGUGACAUCACCAUUCAGAACUCUGGAUUUGCAGACAAUGGGGUGGGACUCUCCUUUGCGAGUGACGGUAGCUACCCUAAGGAUGAGGGCUCCAGUCAGGAGGUGACCCAGUCUCUGUUUGUGGGAGAAAGCCGCAACCGCGGCUCCAACGGAGGCCAGAACAAGUACUGGGGCCAGGGAGGAGCAGAUGGCAAGAUGAGGACACUGCCCAGGAACAGGACAUUCCCGAUCCGUGGCUUCCAGAUCUACGAUGGUCCUGUUCGGCUCACCCAGAGCACUUUCCGAAAUUAUGUCCCGACGACGGAGCGCUUCGCCAGCGCAGUGGGCUUCAACCUGAAGAACACCUGGCAGCUCACGCCCCGCAACAACCUGUCCAAGCUCAGCUUCCGGCCCAAUGUUGGUCUGAGAGUGUUCUUCGGGCAUCCGGGCCAGUGGUUCGAGGAGAAUGAUCUGGACGGGGAUAAGAACUCCAUCUUCCAUGACGUGGACGGCUCUGUGACGGGCUACAGGGACGUGUAUGUGGGCAGAGCAGACAACUACCUGAUCCGUCACCCCGACUGUGUCAACAUCACCCAGUGGAACGGGUUGGUCUGCAGUGGCACCUACUCUCAGGUGUAUAUCCAGACCCAGGGAGCUCCCAGCCUCAGUCUGUCCAUCAGUAGAGAUGAGUAUCCUGAGGCUCCCCUGGUGCUGAGAGGUAUCAACAGCCAACGGGCGCUGUCCCAGCAGUACCAGCCUAUCCUCAUGAUGAGCAAAAGCUACACCCUGCACUGGGACGGCCCGGCUCCCAGAGAGAUUGUCCUCUCCCUCAUCAACUUCAACCAAGGUGACUGGGUGCUGGUGGGCCUCUGCUACCCGCCUGAUACCACCUUCCAGGUUAUGGCUGACAUCAACGACCGCCAGAGCAACACCUUCAAUGACAUCACCGACUACGGGCCCUUGUACUCCCUCGCUGAGCUGGAGAAGAAGCCGCUGGAGAGGAAGUACUUCUUUGACCACAGUGUGGGAUUGCUGUGGCUGUAUUUGCAGGCGAGGCAGAGACGCGACGGCCACAGCUACUGCUCGGUUAAGGGCUGCGAGAGGGUGAAAGUGAUGGCCACCACGUCGUCCUCCAAACUGACCUGUAACUGCACGGCCAAGGCAUACCCCAAAUACACCAAGGCCCCCUCGGCAGUGGUCCCCAUGCCCACCCUCAGCACCCAACCUUGCAAGGACUGUGGAGCCUCCCAGCUGGUGUUUUCCAGUGACCCGUGGAACGCCUACCUCCAAACUCAGAUCAAGUCUCUCAGCAGCAAGGAGCAGCAUAGUGGAGACACACAGUCCUUCAUCACUGUGAACCGUGAGACGUUCUCCUUCACACAGCCAGGCUUCUUCCUGGUCUCUGUGGACGCCUGCUCUGGAAAAGUCACAAAGAAGUCAUCUUUCUCCAAAAUGGACUCUAAAAUGGAGCAGUAUUUUAAAACUGGAAUACCAAAGAGGUCAAUAGUGCUUCUGGGAACGCGAGGGCAACCUGAUGGCUUAGCCGGUGUUGCACCGUAUCUGGUCCCCCUGGGCAUGACCAAGGCAGCAGAUCUGCAGAGUAAAGAGAGCCUGGUGUUUUGGGGGUUCCAGGGUGGCUCUUCCCCCCCUCCGUGGGCCUCUAUCCUAGCUGGGCAGGGUGAGGAGGGGCUGGGGCUGCAGGAGCGAUACCUCCCCCUGGGCCUGGAGGCCUACGGCUGCACACAGACCAGCACUCGCAGAGACAUGGAGCUACUUAGGACCGCCACAGGACCAUAGUGACCAAUGAGAACACAACUUACCCAAAACACAAUCAACCAGCGAAUGAAUGUGAACUUCUAUUAUUUAUUAUUUUAUUGGCAAAGAUGUUUACUCAUUUGUGUGUGUGUGUGUGUGUGUGUGUGUGUGUGUGUGUGUGUGUGUGUGUGUGUGUGUGUGUGUGUGUGUGUGUGUGUGUGUGUGUGUGUGUGUGUGUGUGUGUGUGUGUGUGUGUGUGUGUGUGUGUGUGUGUGUGUGUGUGUGUGUGUGCUCACAUGCCUGCCUGGGUGAGGUGUAGUGAGAUGUGUGUGUGGGGCAUGGGGAGGGUCUGUAGAUGCAUGAAAAUAUGCACUUUCCUAGUCACAUGAUUUGCAAUAUCAGCCAGUCAUCUCACUGAGCCAUGAAUUCAUAUUCAGCCUUCAAUGAAAACAACCAAAAAGAUGCUGCACAUCUGCCAUAUUUCAACAAAUUAGACUGGAAACAGGAAAUCAAUGGGGGGUGGAAAGCAGAUGAACAAAGUAACCACAUCAAACUGGUGUGGUCUAUCACUCCUAUCCUGUUCCCCCUGGUGGGUUUCUGUCUCAGGCCAGUCUUUGACCGGUCUGCUGCUCACCACAUCCAUAGACCAAACGCAUCAUUAAGAAGAGGACUGACAAAGCAAACCAAAGGAAAAACACUCAUUAUUCCACCUUUGUCCCCCCCGUCUGUUUCCUUGCACGCCCCUGGGGGAGAGUUUUGUUCAGCUACUAGAUCUGUUGAAAUGGGAUUUUACUAAACAAAUCAUCCAAGUGUAUUAGAAUGAAAAUAUUUUCUAUGGGAUUACAUUGAGAUUGUUGCAUUUUCAACAACUGUUUUUUCCCCCAAGGAUGUGUCCUUUUUUGUAAGAUAUUUAUUUGAUCUCGAGACAGUGACACUUUCCCCAGGGAUGGCUACGCGUGUAGCGGAGAUGGGUUGUUUCUCUUCUUUUUCUUCUCAUUAUCUCACCAUUGAAACGGUGUUUCCAACUCAUUUACCUUUUAGGAUGGUUAUGUGCACUCCCCUGCGUAUUUAUUUGGACUGUGAUGCUAAAACGUUUCAUUUGGCUUUAUACUCCAUUUUGGAUUUGAGAUCAAAUGUGUUAUGAGGCGACAGUACAGAAUGUCACCUUUCAUUUGAGGGUAUUUCCAUACGUCUGUUAUGAGGUUUAGAAAUUAAUGCUCUUUAUGUACAAUAUCUAGUCCCCCCCCAUUUGAAGGUGGAUAAGUAUUUGAACAAAUUCACUUGUAGUGUAUUAAAUUUAGUCGAUAACGUUUAGUAUUUGGUCUCAUUCAUACAGUAGCACGCAAUGACUAACAUCAUUGUGACUACACACUUGUUGGAUGCAUUUGCAAAUUGUUUUGGAUUAUGUUGUGCCCAGUAGAAAUGAAUGGUAGGUAAUGUGUUGUCAUUUUGGAGUCACAUUUAUUCUAAAUUAGAGGUCGACCGAUUACGAUUUUUCAACGCCAAUACCGAUUAUUGGAGGACCCAAAAAAAUAGGCCGAUACCGAUUACUCUGACAAUUUUUUU